AGGGCCUCGCCCACAUCUUCGCGGGUACCAUCUUGAUUCCGACGGAGGGCGGGAGGGGCGUGCCCUGGGUGCGACUGGGCGGAGGUAAUUCGAAAGUUUGUGGGACUGUAAAUGCCCACCCUCACCUGACGCCUCUCCUCGCCCCGGGAGGCGUUGGAUCCCGACGGAGCCCCACUGGGCGGGGAUCAAAGAUGGUGGUCCUUUGAUUCCAAGGCGAGGAACGCGGGCGCCCGCUGGGCUGGCCCGUCUUAAGGCCGAAGUGAACCUUUUCGCCUCGGGGGCGUCCUCCUUUCCCUAGCUGCCCGUUUCCCUCUUUAUCAUGGAAGACACACAGGCUAUUAUCUUGGAGACUGAAGAUGAGGAGGACACAGAGCAAUCCAACCACAUUGCAGGAGGUGGAUUGGAGCCCGUAGGGCGACUGCGCGUCUUCAGUAGUACUCACGGACCAGAGAAAGAUUUCCCACUGUACCUCGGGAAGAAUGUAGUGGGCCGAAUGCCUGACUGCUCUGUGGCCCUGCAGUUUCCAUCCAUCUCCAAACAACAUGCAGUGAUUGAAAUCUUGGCCCAGGGCAAGGCACCUCUCCUCCACGACUGUGGGAGCCUCAAUGGUACUCAGAUCCUGAGGCCGCCUAAGGUCCUGAAACCUGGGGUGAGUCAUUGUCUCAAGGACCGGCAGUUGAUUCUCUUUGCUGACUUGCUCUGCCAGUACCAUCGCCUGGAUAUCCCCAUACCCUGUGCUCCCCAGGGCCCUCUAACUAUAGAGGAGACCCCCAGGGUACAGGGAGAAGCUCAACCUCAGAGGCUUCAGUUGGCUGAGGAUUCAGAGGAAGAAUUAGAUUCAAAGAGGUGUAUGAUGCAAGACUCAAGGACCGCAUCCCCCUCUUUGGCAACAGUAGUACCAGAGAGUGAUGAAGAGGGGUUUUCUCCUGCCCCGAGUGGCCCUGCGCCAUCUUUUGGCUUCAGAUUGGACAGUGACACAGAUGAGGAAGAAGGGCAGCACCCAGUAGCAGAGGAGGCCUCCUCAGCUGCCAGAAGAGACGCGACCACAGGAGCCAAGCUGCCUGAAGCCAAUGGCGUCGCAACUUUCAUGCCUGCCAUGAAAGAAACACACAACGGCACAGAAGUCCAGGGGAAGGCAAGCAACGGGCUGGCUCCAGAUGGGGAGAUUUUGGAGAGGAACCAAGCUCCUGAGGACACAGAUGCAGAUAAUGACAGCAGGCUUCCUGGAAGGCCCACUGUGGGCCACUUGGAAAGGGUCCAACCUUCUGGCUUCAUGGACAGUGAUACUGAUGUGGAGGAAGAGCAAAUCCCUGCAACCCCAGCUGUAGUUCCUGUGAAAAAGAGGCAAAUCUUCCGUGGAGUUGGUCCCCAGGGCUCUGGAGCACUCGGCCUGCAACAUGUGCAGGAAAGCCAGGCUAGAGGUGAUACCGAUGUGGAGGAGGACAAGGCCCCACUCACUGUCCCUCUGGUGAGAAGCCACGCCCCCAUGGUGAUCGACAGCGACACAGAUGAUGAGGAAGAAAUCUCUGCAGCGCUUACUUUGGCGCGUCUGAAAGAGAGCCCAGCUGUUAUAUGGAACAGAGAUGGAGAUAUGGAAGGGGGCAGGGCCCAACCUGAGGUCCCUCUGCAGCAAAACCAAACCACCUCUGGGAGAGACAGUGACACAGACGUGGAGGAAGAGGGGCUGCCAGCAGACCGAACUGUUCCCAACAGUCACGCAGACAAGGAUGCAGCCCUAGUUACGGCACAGUCAAAGAUGGGCCCACCUACUCCUAACGACAGUGAUACAGAUGUGGAAGCAGGCAUGAGCUCACCUGGGAUCCACCUGGAGAGAAGCCAAGCAUCUGCCCCAGUGGCCAUCAACACAGAACUGGAGGAGGAAGUGUCCCCAGGGCUGGCUGCUGUACAUCUACAGAAGCAUCAGGUGCCUGUGUUGGGGACAGAUCAAACCGAGGUGGAAGCAGAGGGUGGCCCAGCAGAACUGCCUGUGUUGCCUCCAGAGGGAGUCCAGCCUUCUGUAGCUGGAGACUGUGAGACAGGCACAGAAGAGGGCAUGUCCUUAGCAGCCUCAGUAGUGGCAGAUGUAAGAGAGGGCCAGCUUCCAGCAGAUGGGGAUGUGGGAAUAGACCACACUACAGCUGAGCAUGAGAGAGCUCUGCAGUUGGGGGCACAGGGUAGGUCACCUAUGGCACAGGUGGAGCAGGACCUUCUCCCUGUCUCCAGGAGCAAUGUCACAGACCUAGUGGUGGACACAGGUACUCCAGGGCGAACCACCCAGCCACAAAGAGAGGGAGCCCAGUCCCCCACAGGAAAGCAGAGAGAGCUAUAUGUGGGCGGGACCGAGGACUUGGAAGAAGACUCUGAUGAUUUUGAAGAUGUGGCACUUCAAGCUACCCAGUGCUUUGUGGACAGGGACAAUCAGAGCGUGGAAGACCAGAAUUUGGAAGAUGAACCUACCCAGGCCUUCCUGUUGAAUCCACCUCCAGAGCCUGCAUCUUCCUCUUGCAGCUUUCAGAGUUCAGGUACCAUGGAUGUGUCCUGGGAGCUCAUGGCUACACAGCAAUUCUGUUCCACAGCAUCUGACACCUCUGAGACCCAGCCCAUUGAGGCCAACGGAUUCUGCCCAUCUCCAUCUAGAGCAAUACCACAAGACCAGCGUGCAGAGAGCCCACUACACACAGAGCCACUGGGGAGUCAAGGCAGAGCGAUGCAAACUAUGGAGAAAGACAUGGGCCACUUGAAUUGCAAGAUGUCACCUGAUGAGAAGACUCCCAGGGGUGAUCCGGAAUCCCCAGAUGCUUGUCUGCCUGAAGCCUCAACCCCACCCCCAACCCCCCUGAUCUGUCAGAGCCAAAAACAUCCUGCACCUCAGCCCCUUCUUCCUCCCUCCCCACCUUCUGUUGAGCCACCCAUUCUUAGGACCAGGCAAAAUGGAAGUCAGGAAGCUCCAGAAAUUCCCUUGUCCUCAGAGCUGGAGUCUGAAGUCAGGCCCCAGAAGUCCUCUCCAGUUUCCUCUGCUAUCCUUACCCCUGAGCAAGUUGAACCCACAGUCCCUGAUCUUGAGCCUCUUACCCCCACAGAGCAGCCUGUCACUCCCAGGGCCACUCGAGGCAGGACCCUUAGGUCCUCUAUCAAGACUCCUGAACCAGUUGAGCCCACAGCCGCUAAUCUUGAGCCUCCCCCUACUGUAGAGCAGCCUGUCACCCCUAAGGCCAUAGCUCAGAGUGGUCAGAGUGGGACACUAAGGUCUUCUACAUUAAAUGCUGUCCCAGUUCCUACCCCCUCUGAAUUCCAGUCCACUGUCACCACAGAGCAGCCUACCCUGGAGCCCAUUCCUCAAGCCAAUAACAGCAGGGGACAGAGGGCUAGAAGGAAGCAUGGCUCCCCCAUAGCUCCCAUUAUCUACAAACCUUGCUCCGCACUCCCUGAACCUAAAUCCCAAUUAUCAAGCAACCAAAGACAAGGAGCAGUGAGAGCAGCUGAAUCCCUUGGGACUGUUCCUGAGCCUGCCUUUCCCCAGCUUCUUGGGGUACCCACCCAUGCUCCCCAGAUCCAAAAGGUAGAAGCAGCAGGCAUAUCCGGGGUCAUUCAAGAGCCUCCGAAGACCUCUCCAAGCCACAAGAGGUCUUCAGCGCCCAUGGAUUCACCCCCACUUCAAAAACGGCCCCGAAGAGGGGAAGUGUCCCGGAAGACGGUAUUCCCCAAGGAAGAGGAUUUGGUGGUUCCAGUGCCAGGCAAGAGAAGGAGAGACCAGGCAGAGGAAAAGCCCAAGGGAAUUCCAAGCUGCAGUCGUCGCCGAACCAAACCUCACCAACAAUCAGCAGCCCCCAAAGUGCUUUUCACAGGAGUCCUGGAUGUUCGCGGGGAGCAGGCGGUGCUGGAACUCGGUGGGAGUCUAGCCAGCUCGGUGGCAGAGGCUUCCCACCUGGUCACUGAUCGAAUCUGCCGCACUGUCAAAUUCCUAUGUGCCCUAGGGCGGGGCAUCCCCAUCCUUUCCCUGGACUGGCUGUAUCAGUCUCGAAAGGCUGGCUGCUUCCUGCCCCCGGAUGAAUAUGUGGUGACCGAUCCUGAGCAGGAGAAGAAUUUUGGCUUCCGCCUUCGAGACGCCCUGAGCCGGGCCCGGGAGCGAAAGCUGCUGGAGGGCUAUGAGAUUCAUGUGACCCCUGGAGUCCAGCCGCCACCACCUCAGAUGAGAGAGAUCAUCAGCUGCUGUGGAGGCACCAUCUUACCUAGCAUGCCCCGGUCCUACAAGCCUCAGAGAGUUGUGAUCACGUGUCCCCAGGACUUCCCUCGCUGCUCCGGUCCACUUCGCCUUGGUGUGCCUCUCCUCUCAUCCGAGUUCCUGCUGACAGGAGUGCUGAAGCAGGAAGCCACACCAGAGGCCUUUGUCUUCUCCGCUUUGGAAUUGCCAUCUACCUGAAAAUCCCAGCAUUCUUUUCAGUCCCAAACCAGUAAAGUAUUGUGGAAUAAAAGACUCAGGGCUUUAGAAAGGUUUGGGGUGUGCUGGUAGGACUUGUCCUGGAACUACAGUAGGACUAGAAAGAUUUAUGGAUAAACAGCAAGAUAGGGAGAUUCUUUGGGGACCACAGAUUUUCAAAAAUGGCUGUUAAUCUAUUAAUGUCAUGCUCAGCUAUCCUAACUCACUCACUAUUCAUCUCUAGCCAUACUGAUAUUAAUGUUCCAUGGCACACAGGUGUCCCAUCUCCCACUGGCAAGCCAUCUCAUCCUACUGGGAUUCUAUCCAUCCUCUAAAGACAGAGAGACAAUUUUGGUGUCAGGGGCCUGAAGGGAUAUUUAGAGUGAGUAGAUUGGAGGGUGCAGUUACAGAAUGCUGCUAAAAUAUUUUCCUCACUUCUGGCCUCAUGUGGUUAGAAGGAACCUUUAAGUUUGACUUUCAGCAAGUCUCUGCACUUUUCUGCCCUGGUUUUUCAGUAUUUAUAAAAUGACAGCUUAGGUUUGAUCUCUGUCACAAAUAAAUAUUCACUCUGUGCCUUAUGGUGUAGUGCAAUUUUUUUUUUAAUGUCUGGGUCUUUUAAAUAAAUAGUUACAAAUUUGUUUUAACAUCCACUUAGGGCAUAUUAUAUACUACUUUAAGUUUUUAAGUUGGUUGAUUUCAAAGAUGUGGAGAAAUUAGAACUUCUAUAUGUUGCUGGUGGGAGUGUAAAAUGGUUCAGUCUCCACAGUAAACCGUUUGAUGGUUUCUCAAGUCAGACAUAAAAUUACCAUAUGACUCAGCAAUUCUGCUCCUAGGUAUAUAUCCAGAACAAUCAAAAAGAGACUUGAAACAAAUACUUGUAUGUUCAUAUUAUCACUUUUCACAAUAGCUAAGAGAUGGACAACACAGAUGCUCAUCAAAAGAUUAUUGGGUAAACAAUUUAAUAUAUCCACACAAUAGAAUAUUAUUUAGCCAUUUUUAAAAAGAGAUGAAGUUUCAAAAUUGCUAUAGUAUUUUGAAUAUUUUGCUAAGUGAAAGAAGCCAGACACAUAAGGAAACAUUGUAAGAUUCCACUUUAUGGAAUAUCCAGAAUAGGUAAAGCCAUUGACUAAGAAAAAAUGGGUGGUUCCCAGAGGCUGGGAAGAGAGAAAAAUGUGGAGUAACUAUGUAAUGGGUAUAGGGUUUUAUUUUGAGUUGAUGAAAAAGUUUUGGGACUAGAUACAAGUGAUGGUUAUAUACACUGUAAAUGUACUAAAUGCCAGUCUUUAAAGUGAUUAAUUUUAUGUUGUGUAUAUCUGACUUCAAUAAAAAAAAAAGUGUUGAUUAGUUUUGUA